AUGAAAAAGGAGAAGGAAAAAAAUGUGAAAAUAAACAGAAGGAUAGAUUCAGCUGCUGAGGGUUCAAGGGAUGAGGAUAGCGCAAGAGGCGAAGAGGUUAAAAUAGAAUAUGGACGAGGUUAUGUUCACACUUCACAUUUCAUUUCUCCUUCAUCCCGCUCGGAUUUUGCUACAGGAAUUUGCCCAGGCGAGAUACCCGGCGGCCCUGGCUUUGUGCUUUGUUCAUCGAAAAUGCGGCGGAUUUAUGAUGACUGGCUUGAGAUUCUAAAGAUUCAGAUGUUUCGGAGACUGGUGUCUUAUACAAGGUUCUUCUGUUUUGCUGCGCUCAUCAGCUAUGUCUUUACUAACAAUACGAAUAGAGCUGGAUACUCAAGAGCUGACCAGUUCUAUGCAUCUCUUCCUGCUGGAACUGAACUUCUUGCUGACAAGCAAAGGUAUCUAUAUAAAGCUGCACUCGGCAAUUGCUUUGAAGUGCAAGACUGGGGUUCAAUUGAAUGGAGCAUCUUGGCCAAACAUUUUGAGCGACAAGGAAAAUUACCAUAUGCCUAUCAUGCACAAUAUAUGGCACAUCUAGCUUCUCAAGGACAAGUGGAUGGAAGUUGA